CACCUCUCACUUAGCGUUGCCUAGCGACGACAGUGUACGCUUCAUGUGUGGACUGCUAACUCUCUAGCUAGCCGGAGCAUGGAUUUAGACUUGUGUUUAAACACACAGCGGGCACUUUUUUUCACAACUUGUCAGUCUGUAGUUUUCAUCCUGAAACAAUGACGGAAACAACGAGUCAACACUUUGCUCCACCGUCGCUUAGCUCCCGCCCCCAAGGGUCCCGAAAUGACGCUGAGGCUCCCGGCUACGACGAGCUAGAAGACAGCGGAGAGAUGGAGGUGAAGCAGGUAACCUUGCGCAAGAGAACUGGGGAAGUAAAACAACACAACAUCAAGAAGGAUGGUUUUUUAACUGCUGAGAUGGUGUCUAGCUGUGGGUCCAACCUACGGCGCGUCGGUACUGGGCUGCAACACUUGUCUCUCCCUAGUCACAAUCUCAGCGACGUCUCUGUUUUAUCCACUUAUGUCCACAUUCAAAAGCUGGAGUUGCCACACAACAAAAUUAAAGAUUUAUCAUGUGUGAGCCACAUGCCGUACCUCGCCAUCCUGGACGCUUCUCACAAUGAAAUCUCCAACUUCUUUGGAUUCCAGCCACCCAAGAAUCUAAAGGAAGUCAAUUUCUCCCAUAACCGUAUGACAAAAAUGGAAGAUUUGUCGGCCUAUUCAUCUCUGAGUAAAAUGGAUCUGGGAUACAACAGUUUCACUGAGAUCAGUGGUCUUGAGCAGUGUUGCAAUCUCAGCAAUCUCAGCCUGGCACACAACAAGAUCUCGAAGAUCAGCGGCCUGGGGAGUCUUCCCCUCACACACCUCUGCCUUAGGGGGAACCAGCUGGAGAGGAUUGAGGGGUUGGAGAAUCUGAAGAGUCUGCAGGUUCUUGACUUGUCUCUGAACAGCAUCAAGAGUCUUUCUGGCCUCCAGAAUCUCCACCUGCUUGGCUCCAUCAAUCUGGAGAAAAACCUGAUUAGCGAAAUUCAGGAGUACAAACACAUCCAUGAUCUUUUCCUGCUGAGGGACAUCAACGUGCUGGGAAACCCUGUACAGGAGCAACCUGAUUACAGAUUGGCAGUGAUUUUCCUCCUCCAACAUCUAACGGUACUGGACCAGGAGAAAGUCACUGCUGAAGAAAAGGUGUCAUCAGUAAAUAAGUAUGACCCUCCUUUGGAUGUGAUGGCAGCAAGGGAUCACAUGACCCACUUGGUGUAUCAACUGAUGCAGCCCCAGGUGCUCUAUGACAGCAGUACUUUGCCCAGUGCAGACUCUCCCUACCCUAUGCUGGUUCUGACUGGUCCUCAAGGCUGCGGAAAGAGAGAGCUGGCCCACAGACUGUGUCAGGAUUUCAGCCAAUAUUUUGCCUAUGGAACCUGUCACACCACAAGGGGGCCAUACUUUGGAGAGGAGAAUGGAAUUGAUUACCAUUAUGUCAGUGAGGAAGAUUUUCAGAACAUGAUUCACAUGGGUAAGUUCAUCCAGACAGUGCAGUACGGUGGUCACAGGUAUGGCCUGACCAGAGACGCCAUAGAGGAUGUAGCCAGAGAAGGACUCGCCUGCUGUGUGCAUAUGGAGCUAGAGGGAGUGCUCAGUCUGAAGAACAGCUACUUUGAGCCUCGAUACAUCCUGGUCAUCCCCACACAGGUGGAGCGGUACACGGGCCACCUAAAAAGACGUGAUCUCUAUACCCCAGCACAGAUUGACAUGGCAGUGUCACGUAUAGAGCUAUAUGCCAAUACCAACAGGCAACGACCGGGAUUCUUCGAUAACGUUAUCCCCUGUGAUGAUUUGGAGGAAGCCUAUCAGACACUGAGGCAGGUGGUGAAGGAGUACUUGUUGUUAGAGGAGCAGGAAGAAGGAGAAAACAACAACAGAGCAUCCCCUGAGCUCACCUCCACAGGUCAUGAGCCAGAGGAAAAGCCAUCUUCACCCCUGUCAAGAUCAGGAUCAGGCACAGUGAUGUCUGCCGCAGCUCUUGACCCCUCAGAUCCGUCUUACAGAAAUUAUUUUACCAAGAUCCAGGCCGAGCUCAGCCCUCAGAAAAGUCCUGCUGAGCUAGUUUCCAUCAGGAGGCGUGAGCAGCUGGUGAGAGAGGCUAUUGUGGGGAAGAGUCCAGGGGUCUACAGCCAGCUCUUCAAAAGGACUGCUCAAACAGCGUCAACAUCUCUGCAGAAUCAUGAUCCUGGUAGCAAUUUAAGUGAGGACAGCAGCACGGAUGAGUCUCGGGCUAGUUCGGCGUUGUCUGUCCCCAGUUCAGCCAGGGCCUUGUCUGGCUUAGUGGAGCCACUAGAUAUCUCUGUCCUGGGACAUGCCUUGGAAUCAGGCCAGGCGCCUGAAGCCCCCCAUCCAGGCACAGAUCAGCACCCUGUGGCCGUGUCUCCCUCCUCUGAAAGACGUCCUGGAUCCAACGUCAAGACCAUCCUGCCACCAAUCCCCACUGGGCGCAGGACCCCUGUAGUACCCACCCAGGCUUCUUCACCCAGACCCAGCCAAAACCCAUUGACUGAAGAAGGGGGAGAUGCAGACAGGGAGGGAUAGCUUUUAAGGUUUUAACGGUGACAUCUAACAAAGCUGUAAAUGUUCACAGUAACAGAAGACAUAUAGCUUCAAAUAUAAGCUUGGCCUGUUCAAUUAGAAACGCCAUCAAAACAUCUGUAGCUGCAAAAGUCAACAGUCAACCACAAAACCACACGUUUGUUGAUAUCACAAGCGAUACAGACUGUGAUAUGAUACGCCUGAGCCAAACACUUGAGGUUAGAUUUCACUGUCAGCACUUGCCUUUUCCUGUGAUCUGUUAACCGUGCCUUAACACGUCUGGAUCUUUUACACUUGCUAUAUACUGUAUCGCUGACAAAUGAUGGCGGUAAUGACUAUAUAUACGGUAACUACAGUAUAAUUUUCCUUUAUUUUUCCUGUUUGUGGAAUGACUGACUUACAGGCCUGAAGGUACUAUUAAGUGUUGACAUAUUAUGAUUCAGGCUCACAUACAGAUUGACAAGCGUGUCAGAUAUGAUAAAUACCGUCGUGUUUUUUUGUCUUGUCAUAUUAUGAUGUUCAGAUUCACGACUAAAAGAGGUAUCUCCUCAUCCUGGAAAAGUUCAUGUUUCCAAAGUAUGUGGUACAUGUCAUGUUUUAUGAAUGUUGACAGUGAAGUGGCAUUAUAUAUUUCCUACUGUUCAGUAAUCUCAUCAAAUAGGAUUUGUCAUUGACAUCUAAAUACUGGUCUUUUAUGUGCAGCGUGGAGCUCUUGUCAUUGGAUGAUAAAUACAUCAUUAAUCUUUAUCUUAUCUGAGGGGUUUAUUAAUUCAUCUGGAAACACAUAUGGAAGUUGUUGGCAGGUAUUAAACAGUGAGCCAUCGCAAACAAGUUAGUGUGUUUUUUGUCAGUUUGUGUGUGUGCUGCACGUUAGUGCGCACGUAUGUUGAUAUGUAUGAAUUUUGCAGAGUUCAUUUUUGAUGCUUUGUAAAUUAAAAUUGUCGUCCGUAAUAGAUGUAUGCAUUGCUUA